UAUAUCCUUAAUCCUAUUAGUACGUUUCUUCUUGUUUCCUAAAACUGCUAAUUCCUUUCAGUGAUUUUGUCUUUUUUCAACUUUCCGUAAAACAACGCUCUCAUUGACAACCAAUGUGAUAUGAAAAGCAAAAUCCCUCUUUUUUUUUUCUCUUACGAAAUGUCCUUCUAUACAACACAAAAAUCGUGAACUCAUAAAAACUAACAUAAAAAAAAGACCAAUUUUUUAUGCAGCAAAACAGCAAAGAUCCAAAGUGGGGUUUGCUGUAUCACAUUCAGUUUUCAAAAGGGUUGUCGAAAAUCACAGAGAGAGAGAGAGAGAAUGGCUCAGUGGCAAGGUGAUUCUGAUGACGAUAUUGAUUACAUGUUUAAGGUUGUGUUAAUUGGAGACUCUGGAGUUGGAAAAUCUCAGCUUUUAAAUCGGUUUGUUAGAAAUGAAUUUCACAUGAAAUCUAAAGCUACAAUUGGUGUUGAAUUUCUGACUAAGACGGUUCUCAUGGAUCACAAACAUGUCAAGGCUCAGAUUUGGGAUACUGCUGGUCAAGAAAGGUACCAAGCAAUUACAACUGCAUAUUACAGAGGUGCAACUGGUGCAUUACUAACAUAUGACGUAACCAAGCGCCAUUCCUUUAACCAUGUUGAAAAAUGGCUAGACGAACUACACAUGCAUGCCGAUAAAAACAUAGUUGUCAUGCUCGUUGGCAACAAGUCUGACCUGAAUUCUAUUCGAGAAGUGCCGACCGAGGAAGCAAAAGACUUUGCCAAGCAGAAAGGUCUCUUCUUCAUCGAAACAUCUGCGCUUGACUCCAACAAUGUAGAACCAGCUUUCCUUGGUCUUCUUUCACAAAUAUAUAUGGCAGUCAGUAAGAAGCACAUCACUGCAGAUGGACAUGAAUCAAAUUGGGAUAAAGUAAACCUUGAAUUUGUGGGAACAAAAAUUAAGGUCUCAUCACAAGAACCAGAAUUUCAAAAAUCUAAAAGGAGAUACAAUUGUUGCAGCGUUUUAUAGAAUAUUUUUUCACCUAGAAGCUAUUGAUUAUGUAUAUACUCUGCCAUUAUUUUUCCCCUUCAAUUCUUUUGAUGUGUUUUAACUUUAAGGAUAGUUUUUAGGCAUAGUAUUUUUUGCCUUGGAAGUUACUUGUUGUUUUGAUUGGCAUUGAUAUGAAAUCAGCUAACAAUUCAUGAAUUA